AUGCCUGCCUUGACCAAGGCUCAGCAGAAGCAGGUGCAGGCUGCCGAGGAUUCCUUCAAUCGCACGUAUGCAGUACAAUACGGCGAUGAAAGAUGGGAGAAUUCACUUCGCCCAGCUUUAGUGACGCCGACACGGUACGGCGUACUUAUCAAUUGCUACAGAUCGAAUAGCCUACCCAGCUCGUUCACUGAGAACGACGUGACUGAUCUGCAACUCAUCACGUUCCCGUCAAGUACUGGAGCAUCGAACGGGGAAGUGGCCGAAGAGACACGCCUGCUUUCAUACCAGAGAACAACCACAUCGGAGAGUUCGCAGUCCCCUACCGCUGAGGCUCCCUUCCCAGCACCCCAGGCGGUAUCGAAUAAAGAUGCCUCGAACAGUCUCAUGACUCAUUGGAACCUGGACGCUGCCUCACUUCUCGCAGUCAGUAUUCUCCGGCCAAAACCUGGUGACAAGGUGCUGGACCUGUGCGCCGCUCCGGGAGGGAAAAGUCUGUCAUUAGCACAGCUCCUACGCCCGCAAACAUACGAUGACGCGGCUCCAUCCCUCAUGGGCGGUUGUCUCCAUAGCAAUGAGGUUGACGCGGCUCGAAACAGACGGCUCUCAUCAAACUUGCAAUCGUAUUUGCCAGCCCCGCUGUUCAAGAACGGAGAAAUAAAGGUCGUGAAGGUUGACGGAACCGAGCAGCAUGCUGCUCAGAUGCUACCUUUGGGGAUCGGAGGCUACGACAAAGUCCUCUUGGACGCCCCCUGCUCCAGCGAGAGGCACGUAAUCCACGCACAUUCCAAAGCUAGACAAGGGGGCAGGGUUGCCGACGAGAUGGCAUCGUGGCGCUCCGGACAGUCGAAAAAAAUGGCUAAAACACAGGCUGCCAUCUUGAUGACGGCAUUGAAAGCUGUAAAGGUUGGCGGGAGAGUACUUUACGCGACAUGUUCCCUCAGUAACGAGGAGAAUGACGGCGUGAUUGAGAAAGGCAAAGAACUCGUAGCCAAGGAAAAGAAGAAGUUCGGAACGAGAUGGGAUAUGGCCGUGAGGAGCGGUGAUUUCGCAGGUACAGGACUCGAGCAAUGGGCAGAAAGCACGAAGCACGGCUGGAUCGUACUACCGGAUCAUCCAAGCGGAGGAAGAUGGGGACCGUUGUUUUUCGCAGUCCUGGAGAAGGUGUCAGCUUGA